ACAGAAGCCACAGCAAUGAAGCACCACACUGCAGCAAUCCUGCUCCUCUUCUGGCUUGGCGUCUUCACUCUGCACACAGUCAAAGGGAGUGCUAGUAGUCAGUCCAUGCGCAAAUUCAGUUGUGUAACUCUGUCUACAAAGCAGCUGAACAUCCGAAAUCUUGUGAGCUAUGAAAAGCAGCAAGUACCAACAAAUGCCGUCAUGUUUAUCACGGCAGGAGGUAUCAGAAUCUGUGUAAGUCCUGAUCAGAGAUGGGUGAAGACUGCUAUAAAGAGAAUAGAUGAGAGACGUGCUGCCAAACGAAAAUAAUCCAAGCAUCUAAGGCCAAC